UCCUAAAUUAUAAACCGGAAGUCACACUAGAACAAGAACUAUGCAGAGAACUAGAGGAAUUUUCUUUAAACUAGACAGAAUAAAUACACAAUUACUUAUAUCAAAGGCUAAACCAGCAUCAAUUGUGCCGUCCAGAACACAUAUAAAAUCUAACACUGAUCCGAGGUAUUUUACUCUGGUUCAACAUGCAAAGAGCAGAUUUUUAGAUGAACAGAGACGAAGUGGCAUACUAUCACAUAAGAUUGAGGUAAACCGAGCCAGACUCCAUUUUGAGACAACAGGAGAUGGGUCUAACAUUAUAUUACUUCUACCAGGAGCUUUAGGAUCCAGCAGAACAGAUUUUGAGAAGCAGUUGACAGAUUUUAAUAAGUCUAAUUACACUUUGAUAGCCUUUGACCCUAGAGGAUAUGGAAAAAGUAUACCACCAAAUAGAACAUGGCCAUUAGAGUUUCUGCAGAGAGAUGCUGAUGAUGCUUUUGAACUUAUUAGGAAACUAAACAUUCAUAAGCUUUCAAUACUGGGAUGGAGUGAUGGAGCUAUAACAGGAAUGAUCAUGGCGGCUCGACAUCCUGACAUUGUUAAUAAACUUGUUAUCUGGGGUGGUAAUGCAUAUGUUACAGAAAAAGAUAUUGAAGCUUAUCAAGGUUUAAAAGACAUUUGGAAAUGGAGUGAGAAAAUGAGGUCACCAUUUAUGACUUUGUAUGGGGAAGAAUAUUUCCAGAAGACAUGGGAAGAAUGGGUAGAGGCUUAUGAGAGAUAUUUUACAAAAAGGAAUGGAGAUAUCUGUAAAGAUGAGUUGAAGAAUAUUAAAUGUAAGACAUUGAUUAUUCAUGGUUUAAAGGAUCCUUUGGUAGGAUUAGAACAUCCAGAUUAUCUUCACCAUAACAUUGCAGGAUCAAGACUUUACAUCAUGCCAGAAGGAAAGCACAACCUACACAUUAGAUACCACAGAGAAUUUAAUUUUAUGGUUGAACAUUUUCUUAAGGAAACAUGAUUACCAAUAAUUACAUCAACUUUAUUUUUGUCAUUUGUCUUUUGAAUAGUAUUUCUUCUUUUCAUUAUAUGUGGUUUUAUCCAGUGUCCGUAUUUUUAGAUGAGUUGUGACAUGAUGGAAUAAUAUGAUUAAUGUCGUCUAGAUGUUAACAUCUUGGUUUCUGGACAAAACCUUUAGCAACUUUAGUUUUAGAAUGCCCCAUUCAAUGGAUGAAGGAGAUGUUUACUGAUUUUGAGGUCAUUAUUUCAAAGAUCAGAUGAUAUUGAUAGACUAAAACUUUGGUUUAUGGUUGAUAUUUUGUUCACAUCAUGUUCAGUUGAUACAAUACUUGGUUUGAUAAUGGCCAUGGGAUGAAGAAGGCCACUAGGUCAAAGUUCAGUUCAAAGCAGGAAUGGGUAAACUGAAAUGUUGCCAUAUUUUGGCUCUGGAUGAUACCUUUUGAACCAUGUGUCCAACCCUCACCAGACUGAAGAAAAAAAAGACCCCUUUCUGAUUUUUAUUACGGUAUAUGUUAGUCAAGGGAUAAGGUCACAGAGCUAAUAAGACUGAAAUUAAUAUUAUAUUGGGGCAGCAUUAUGGUUUCUAGAUGAUAUCUAAUGAACCAUAUGUCCAACCUUUCAGCAAACUUAAUUUGAAAAAACCUCUUGUGUCCAUAUGGCAAAGAUCUAUGUCACAUUGCCAAUUAAUAGAGUGAAAUUUUGUUCCUGGACAAUAUCUUUCAGCUAUAAAUCAAAUCAAAUAAUGCUCAUUGGGGUGAACAAUAACCCUAUUGAUUUUGAAGUCACUUGGUCACAGGUCAUGUUAACAGCAGAAAUUUAUUAAUGGAAAUGGAUAAAUUUUGUUUCCAAUUGUUUGACAAAAAAUGUCAGCAGUAUUACAUUUUUCAUUGCCACAGAAAAAAGUACAUGUGUACCUGACACAUAAAACUGUUUGUUUGACUGGCAAAUCCAUAAUGAUGACAACUUGACUAAUGCAUGCAUGGUGUUUCUGUAAAUUUUAACUGUUGUAAUUAUGUAAUCUGGUUUUACAUGCACUCCACUCCAGUGGCAGAUUAAGAUUGUAUGUGUAUGCAAACUUUUUACCUUAGUUGACUUUCAAGUGGAAGUCAAAAGUAGGUUACAUUAUAUAAUUAGAUGCCUUAGUUGAAAAAGAUAUAACUUUAAUCAUUUGUUAAAAUUUUGAAUUUUGAUUUUCAUAAUAUGUUUUAUGAUAUAAAAUGUAUAAAAACUAAAUAAAUAAGAAAACAAGCAAGUUUACCUGAGACAUAAAACUAACUCUGCAAUUUUGUAUUUACAUGGGAACUUACUAAUACAGGUUGAACGAUCAUGAAAAGUGUUGCAAAAACAUACAACUUUUUACCAUUGUUUGUUUCGUUGCAACAGGGUUUUUUAUGCCCCGGCCGUAGCGGAGGGGGCAUUAAGUUUUACCCUUGUCCGUUUGUUUCCGUUCUAUAACUUUAGUUUGCCUCAAUCAAAUGUUAUGAAACUUAUACACAAUGCUUAUUACCACAAAACUGAGAUCAAGUAGGAAUUUGGGUAGCAACGCAUUUACCAUUCUUGAGUUAUGUCCCUUUAUAAUGUUAUAUGCAAGCAGGGGCAUCAUCUGUGUCCUAUGGACACAUUCCCCAUUUAUUUUUCUAUGAAACCUAUGAGGGUCUGGAUGGGGGUCCUUCAUUUCUGUACUUUUUAAUUUUUUGCCAAUUAUUCUCUAUUCUUUAUAUUUUAGCACCCCAUUAUUCUCUAUUCAUUAUUUUGUUGCCCUAUUUUUCUCUAUUCAUUAUUUGAUUUUUUUCUGUACAUUUGGCUCAUUAUUUUCUAUUCUGUAAACCCCAUCCAGACCCUAACUUAUGCUUUUCGUAUUAAAUGAAUAUAUCCAGUAGACCAAGGAUUGUACUAUUUUAGUGCACAAUAUUCACUAAAAAUUAAAUUUGAGUGGUCUCCUUUCCAGUUCAAUUGAUCCUCAUUAUUUGUACUUUAAUUUUCAUGGGAUAUCAAAGGAAAACCAAGUAAAUUAUAUCCAUAUAAUGGACAUAUCAAACUGUUUUGCCAUUACCUUGACUGAAAUUUUAAAAAAUUAAAUAGAUGAUAAGGCUACAUUUUUCACUUAUUGACAUUAAACAAUAAUUUCAAUGAAUUAUCAAGCUUUAACUCAAUUUGCAAAUUAAAAAGUUACUCAAGAUAGUUUAAAACCGUUUUAGUGAAGAGGACAGGCAGAAUCAAUUUGCGCCAAUUACAGUUUUGAAAAGGUAUCAAUUGCGCCACUCUUUAUUUUUCGGAUGAUAUCAAUUGCGCCAAUAAAUGGAAUCAAAUUGCGCCACAUUCACCUGUACAUUUUUACCUAUAGCAUAAAUGUAACAUGUACUAUGAAUAACCUAUCAACUUUAGAUUAAACUCAACACUCAUAAAGAUUGAGAAAAAAUCACCAAGAAAUAAAUUGUUCAGUAACAGAAUAUUUUUCACAUGUAAAGAUGUCUGAUAUAUCGUUCAAGAAAAUAAAGUUUGAUAGAGGAAAACCUGUCAUCGUUGUCGAAGAACACAAAUUUCGUCAGGCAUUUGUUCAGAAAAACAGAGAAAUUAGAUGGAGAUGUACAGUUAAGUCGUAGUGUGCUAGGCUUUUUACAGAUGAAUCUAGUACAGUUAUAUUGAGUAGGGAAUUAGAUCAUUUACAUGAAACUUAUACUCAGAACUAGAAGGACAGAUUUUCAAAACAGCAUGCAAACGAAAAGCAACUGAUAUGUUAAUACAGUGUAACCUGCCUAAUCCGACACCUGAGUAUUCCAACAUCCUGCUUUAACCGACACAUUUUCAUGGUCCCAAAAUAUGCCUAUCCUUGCAGAAAAAACCUGAGUAUUCCGACACCCUGCUUAAUCUGACAUUUUUUCUGUUCCCCCAGUGUGUUGGAUUAAUUCUGAGCUCUUCAAAAUUGAUGAAGAAGAUUUAGAAAAAAAAAGAUUUUGAAUAUCUCAAUUCAUGUACAGUGAAAGAAGGAAACUGCACUCAUCUCAACCAAAACAUCAAGCCAAUUUCACAGAAUUCUUGGUGAUAUUGUUGUUGUAACAAACGAAGACAAUGACUUUGUUUUGUGUAAAAUUGAUUAAAAAUAAAUAAAUUCAUAAAAUUGGCGCAAUAAGAUGAUUUUUCAAUUGGCGCAAAUGAUGCCUAUAGUUUUUAAAGUGAAGUGGCGCAGAAGUAGCAUUGGCACAAAUGAGUUCAAUUUUGGCUCAAAAAGAUAUCGCCUGGCCCCCCUUUUGUGGGAAAAAUUUGGUUGAUUAUAUAGGGAAUCACUGAAGCAUGACUGUUGCGGGCCCCCUCUUAUGGCAGUCAGUGCCCCCCCCCCCCCCCCCCCCCCCUUUAUAAAAAGUUCUGGAUCCACCACUGAAUUAUUUAUUUCAGCAGUUAUGGAAUUAACAAACAAAAUUGUAUGAAUAAUUAUUUGAUGAAAAGUGUAAGUUUGGAACAGAUAUCAUGCAUUAUGUUUGAUAUUCAUGUAUAUGGUUGAAUAGAAUUCCUCAGGGGAAAUUUUAAACAUGAAGUAUAGAUAUGUAUAGACUGUGUAAACAGUUAAAAGAAAAAAUACACUAGACUUCAACAGUACUAAAAAUGUCACUUAACAUUUAAAAGUAUUCUUUUUAACAAUGUGUAUCCAUAUAUAUUUUAUAUGUUACUGUAUCAAGAAAAAAACAUAAUUAUUUUUUUUCUAGUACUUUGACAGAUUCUGUCUUUUUGUUCUUGAAUAAACAUCCUUAUAAUAUUAUAUACAGUUGUUGAAAUGCCAUAUUAAAUAAAAUAAAUGCUUGGUUUUGAA